AUGCUUUCUACUGCCCUCAAACUCCUCUCUGUUGCAUUGUUGGGCUCUCGAGCAGCUGCUCAGACUGUCGAACCCUUCAUUCUCGACGGCAGGCUUGACAGUGCAACUGCCAGUGAUGGCACUUACAACUCUGGCGGUACCAUUUCUGUCAAUGGUUACUCUGUCACAAUUCCUCAGAACCUCCAAGUGCAGUUUCCUGCUGCUUUCUCGCCCUUCAAAGACUUUGCUAGUGCGAACAGCUUCAUUGGUCAUGAAGUCUCGGUGAUCGGAAAUGUCGUCAAUGGCAAAGCAAUUGCUGGUCUUGUGCAGAUCGGAGAAUACCUUCUACAGGCCAGUUCAGGAACGAUCGAAAGCAUCAACUCUGCCGCCGGCACAAUGAAGAUCAAAGGUGGCCCAACCAUCAGGAUCAAUGACCCCAACGGAGUGUACUCCGUCGGCUACAAAGACUCUCCUCUGUAUACUGCAGACGACGAGAACCCUUCCAUCACCGCAUUCAGCGGCUUCCCGAUGUGUAUCCCAAGGUCUUCGUCUGACCCACUUUGUCCUUCAAGCAACCGACCAGCAGGCCAAAGCACUUUCCAAGCUCCUGACGCCUUGAAGAUGGCACCCUUCCAAGUGGGCGACUAUCUUGAAUAUUCUGGUGUCAACAUCGGUGGUACUAUCGUCUGCUAUACGAUCGUUGCACCUAACGUACAAAUCACAACCUCGGGUGCUCCUACCUUCAUACGAGUCGAGGACGCUAUUGUUGGUAUCUACGAUGGUGGAGCAACUUCAGAGUUUGGUGACUCCAGAUUCAUUGGCUAUACCUCGGAUCCAAAUGCCGCUAUCACAGUUUCUGCUAUUGAUGUCGACCCUUGCACUGGUGAAGAGACAGAAAGAUCCGUUGGCUCUGCCCCUUACAAGCGAGGAGAUGCUCGUAACAAGUGGGAGUGGAGAGCAGGAACCACCACGACCUCUAAGUACACUCGCGAAUAUGUCAUUCGUGCUUCCACCGGUGAGAAGCUCACCGACAACAAGAUUAACGCCGGUCGCUAUGUCCAGCCUGUCUUGGAGUUCCUCUUCCCAGAACCAAACGUUCCCGGGGUCGUCCCACCUGUGAACGACUUUAGCAACUUCCCCUUCCUUGCACAGGGCCUGGGAUAUGAUCAAGAUGGAAAUCUGUUUGGUCAGCUCAACCCCUGGCCUGGUGCUAGCGCUCCUGCCACCAAAAGCUGUGGGCCUUAUUCUCCUCCAGCAGCUAGUUCUGCUCCUGCCUCUUCCGCCGCCGCAUCUGGUACUGCAUCCGCCGAUCCGUCCGGCACUCCUUCUGGUACCGUGACUGAUCCCUCAGCUCCAUCGACACCAAGCAGCUCCCCUGCUGCAACUGUGAAGGAUGUUGUUACCAUUGACAGCUACACAACCAACUCAUCUGGAGGUGGCUCCAUCUCGGUCACAGCAAGCACAAACAUCGUCGGCUACGUGGCUGAAUUGAAGGUGUAUUUGACAAACUCGGCCACUGGAACAGCAACCACCAUGACAUCUAAUGGCAACGGCAAAUUCAGCGUCACCAUACUGAAGACUAAGCAGCCCGCCAACGGUAUAUUUGUUACAAGUAACGGGGGUGGUAGCAAAGGCACGACGGUGAAGACUGCGUGA